AUGGCGGCCGUCGAAGUAGCCGCAGAGCCGGUAACGGUGGUGGCGGCCGCGGGACCAAAGAAGGCGAAGGAGGAAGAGGAGGAGGAAGAGGAGUCGCUGCCGCCGUGCGAGGCGGUGCGCUGGGCCCCGGUGGGCGCGGUGGCCGAGGCCGGGCCCGGGGCGACUGCGUUCUCGGAAGAGGCGGCUGCCGAGGACCCCGGCGCGGCCCCGGGCUCCCCGCCCGACUCUCCGGGCCGGACGCUGCGGCGGCUGCGGGCCGAGCGGCGGCGGCUGGACUCGGCGCUGCUCGCGCUGUCCUCGCACUUCGCGCAGGUGCAGUUCCGCCUGCGCCAGGUGGUGCGCGGGGCGCCGGCCGAGCAGCAGCGCCUCCUGCGCGAGCUCGAGGACUUCGCCUUCCGCGGCUGCCCGCACGUCCUGGGCUACGGGGAGCCCGAGGACGCCGCCUGCGACGAGGGCGACGGGCUGCCGGGGGACCGGCCCCGGCUACGGGGCGAGGACCAGAGUGCACAGAAUAAACGGGAGCGCCUGGAAACCCAAAGGGAGAAACAGAAGGAACUGAUACUGCAGCUCAAAACCCAGCUAGAUGAUCUGGAAACGUAUGCCUAUCGAGAGGGCAGUUAUGACUCCCUACCACAGUCUGUGGUCUUGGAAAGACAGCGGGUGAUCAUAGAUGAAUUAAUAAAGAAACUGGACAUGAAUCUGAAUGAGGACAUCAGUUCACUGUCUACUGAAGAGCUUCGGCAGCGUGUCGAUGCAGCUGUGGCUCAGAUUGUAAAUCCAGCCCGAGUGAAAGAACAGUUGGUUGAGCAGCUGAAAACUCAGAUCCGAGAUCUCGAGAUGUUUAUCGACUUCAUCCAAGAUGAAGUGGGAAACCCACUGCAGACGGAUAAUGGACACUGUGAGUGCAAGGCCAGUGGGAAGGCAGGGAACGGCUCCACCAGAACGGGCAGCAGCAGACUGCCUCCAAGAAACAGCAAACUGAAGGCGGAAGAUGUGAAGAAAGUGCGGGAGACGGGGCUGCACCUGAUGCGGCGAGCACUGGCAGUGCUCCAGAUCUUUGCUGUUAGCCAGUUUGGUUGUGCCACAGGCCACAUCCCACAAACCCUGUGGCCAACGGGCCAGGCUGACAGGGACUACUCUGCCUUACUGAAGAGGCUGGAGGUGUCAGUAGACAGAGUGAAGCAGCUAGCCCUAAGGCAACAGCCUUACGGCCACGUCAUCACCUCUGCCAACCUCCAGGACCUCUCUCUGGGGGGCAAGGACGAGCUGACCACAGCUGUGCGGAAGGAGCUGACGGUGGCCAUGAGGGACCUGCUGGCCCACGGACUGUAUGCCUCGUCACCGGGGAUGAGCCUCGUCAUGGCCCCCAUUGCUUGUUUGCUGCCAGCCUUCUCCUCGGCCCCCGAGGCCAUGCAUCCCUGGGAGCUCUUUGUAAAGUACUACCAUGCGAAGAAUGGCCGCGCUUACGUGGACUCCCCAGCCCGGAAGCUCUCCCAGUCCUUUGCCCUGCCAGCUAUGGGAGGCACUGCUAUGACUCCCAAACAGAGUCUACUGACAGCCAUCCAUAUGGUGCUGACAGAGCAUGACCCUUUUAAGCGCAGUGCGGACUCAGAAUUGAAGGCCUUGGUGUGCAUGGCACUGAAUGAGCAGCGUCUCGUGUCCUGGGUGAACCUUAUCUGCAAGUCGGCAUCACUCAUCGAGCGCCACUACCAGCCCUGGAGCUACAUGGCACACACAGGCUUUGAGAGUGCCCUCAACCUGCUCAGUCGCCUCAGCAGCCUCAAGUUCAGCCUCCCUGUCGACCUGGCUGUGCGCCAGCUCAAGAACAUCAAGGAUGCCUUUUGA